GUGGGAACUGCGGACGGUAGAUGUACUACCUACGCUGCUGCUGCUGCUGCUGCUGCUGCUUGUGCUCAGCUCGCUCGUCGCGGCCGCUCUCUCGCGGCUCGCCAUUCGCCAAUAUGCGAACUGAUCAUGUUGCCGAGCAGCGAUGGCGCCACCUGCAAGGAUCAUCACACUCUAGCUGCGCUAGUGGUCCUUCACCCCGCCACCGCGCGUACCUAGCUACUGCUUUUCUCACCAGACUCGACACUCCAGCAGCACUGCUCUAGUCAGUUUCGAACGAUUUUUUCAGUUCCGAAUUUCACUAUACAUCGCGCCACUGGCUUCUUGUAUAAUAAGCUGAUAUAUACCCCGGUAUACCCCACCUCGCUUUGCUAUCUACUCGUUCGACUCUGCUCUCCUCACCAAACUUUACUAAAAACACACUUUACUAAAAAAAGUGUUUCACAACUAGUUCUAUAUUGUCAGUCGUUCGAUUGGUUCUUCAGUCGGCCGUAAACAUGGAGCCCAUCGCACACCUCGUCAAAGUGUCUGUCCCGAAUUAUUUAGCUGGUCUGCCGAUUCCCGAUUCGAUCGGAGGAUGGUUUCGACUCGGAGUGAGGGACUGGUUCUCCCUGAUUCCACCCACUGCUGCACUUGUCGGCCUCGGAUACAUGUCCUACAGGGCCUUCUGCCCAAAAGCUAGACCAGCGCCCACUGGUCAAGUGAACCAUAAAAUAAAGAAGGACUGCAACAAAGUUGUUGAUUCUGUGGAUGUAGAAGAUAUUACUGAGAAGGUAGCCUUCUGUCGCUGCUGGAGGAGUGAAAAUUGGCCUUACUGUGAUGGAGCUCAUGGUCGUCAUAACAAAGAGUGUGGUGAUAAUCUAGGUCCCCUUGUUAUUAACAAGAAACAAUAAAUGUAAAAAUUGUAAAAUAUUAACUAUUAUGUUGUAUAUGAAUUUAUCAGCAUGUUGCCAAUCUUUUAUAAGCUAUUGAAAUAUACUGCAGUUGUUGAAUUAACAGGA